AUCGAAGACGGGGGACGACCGUAAGCUCAGAGAUCCAUCGAUAUGCUGGAAGCGAAGCUUAUCUAUAAACAAGAAACAUCCGACUAUAAACAAGAAACAUCCGGUACGACGUUCAGAUGAAAUAGAGGGAGAAAGAAAGAGAUGGAGAGAGAUUAGAGGAGGGAGACGGCAUAAAGGACAAGGAGGCUGCCCAUCGUCGUUAGAAGGAGGCUUGGCGUUGGCAUCAUUGCCAUCCACACGCUUAGCCUGGUUGUAUUCCGGCGAACCUAGGGUUCUGCCGUGAUUUUCGACGGUGGUGGAUAGGGUCAAAUCGACCACCAAAACCAGCGGCGGCUAGGGUUUCAUGGUGUAAGGGGUUGCUGAUGAGAUUCAGAUCCCACUCAGGCAGAUUUUUGUUGAGUUUCUUGAGAGGUGGUGUUUUAAGUGGAGUUCAACGCAGAGCUUCGUAGAAACUCAAGGCUAAAAGCACCAAGAAGAUUGUGCUAAGGUUACAAGCAUGUGUCUCAGCAUCCAAUUAAGAGAUGCAAACAUUUUGACAUUGUGGAGACAAGAAGGCCAAUGGAACUAAACAAAAAAGAUGCAAACAUUUUGGCAUUGGUGCAGAGAUGCAAACAUUUUGACAUUUGUCUACGUGUUUCCAUUCCAAACAACAACGGAUUACUGCUAUCGUAACGAACAGAACCGAUAUCGACCGAAUUCUUGCCGCAAGCCGCGAGUACAAAAUUUGUCAUUCGUAAGCCAAUUUAUGCUACACAAUCCACAUCAAAGGUUGUCACUGCAGAGACUGUCCCUAGACGAUCAGCAAACUAUGCGUCAUCAUUGUGGUCAUUUGAUCAAAUUCAAUCACUGUCUAGUGAAUAUGUAGGACAAGAUUACAAGGCAAUGGCAGAUACGUUAAAAGACGCGGUGAAGAUGAUGAUACAUAAAGGUGGAAAUCAAUUAAACACCCUACAGAUGAUUGAUGAUUUGCAGAGACUCGGAAUAUCGUAUCAUUUUGAAGAUGAAAUAAGAAAUCUCCUGGAGAUGAUUUACUGCAAUUACUACAAAACUCCUGAAGAGUGGAAUGGAAUGGAUCUGAACCUUAAAGCCCUUGGAUUUCGACUAUUGAGACAACAUGGUUAUCAGGUUCCUCAAGAGAUAUUUCAUGACUUUAAGGACAAGAUGCAAAAUUUUAAGCCAUACUUAGCCGAUGAUAUGAUGGGAAUAUUGAAUUUGUACGAGGCUUCUUCCUAUUCAUUGGAGGACGAAUCCAUACUGGAUCAUGCGAGAGACUUCACAACAAAAUAUAUGAAAGAAAAUCAAGACAAAACUGAUAAGAGCAUAUCAUCACUAGUAACUCAUGCUUUGGAGCUUCCGCUACACUGGAGAGUGCCAAGGGUAGAGGCAAAGUGGUUUAUCGAACAAUAUGAACAAAGAGCUGACAAGAAUCCCACAUUGAUCGAUCUCGCAAAAUUGGAUUUUGAUAUGGUUCAGGCUGUUCAUAUUGAAGAUCUAAAGCAUGCAUCAAGGUGGUGGAGAAAUAAAAAAUGGGAUAAGAAGCUCAGCUUUAGUAGAGACAGGUUGGUAGAGCAUUUCUUGUGGUCGACUGGUUUUUGUCAUCUACCUCAGCAUAGCCUUGGAAGGCGAACAAUGACAAAGGUUAAUUCCAUUAUUACUGCUCUCGAUGAUGUCUACGACGUGUAUGGUACUUUGGAUGAACUUGAACAAUUUACUAAGGUUAUCGAUAGAUGGGACAUCAACGAGAUCCAGGAACUCCCAGAUUAUAUGAAAAUAUUUUUCAUGGGGUUCUACAACACGAUUAAUGAGAUUGCAUACAACACAUUGACAGAGACAGGGUUCCAUAGCCUUCCAUACCUUAAGAAAGCUUGGGCGGGUUUAUGCAAAGCAUACCUAGUAGAAGCACGGUGGUACAACAAUGGGCAUACACCAACACUCCAAGAAUACUUGGACAAUGCGUAUACAUCAAUAUCGGCUCCAGCAGUACUCAUGCAUGCUAACUUUGUGAUAUCUGUUCAUUCAAGUAAUGACAUAUUGCAAAGUAUGCCAAGACUUGAGAAAACAAUUUACUACUCAUCACUAAUCUUCCGACUUGCUGAUGACUUGGCGACAUCAUCGGAUGAACUGGCAAGAGGCGAUGUUUCAAAAUCAAUCCAAUGUUACAUGCAUGAGAGCGGUGCUACUGAAGAAGAAGCCAGAGAGUACAUCAAAGAGUUGAUCUUGGAGACAUGGAAGAAAAUAAACAAAGAACGAGCACAUGCCAAUUCUCAAUUUGAACGUGGGUUUAUCGAGUAUGCAACCAACAUAUCUAGGAUGGCACUAUUGAUGUACAGUGAUGGAGAUGGGCAUGGUUGUCCAGAUUUAACUAAAUCUCAUGUAUCAUCAUUGUUUUUUAAUCCGCUCCAAGGAAUAUAAUAGGGUUCUGUCUAUCGGCACACCCUGGAAUCUAUCAUCACACUUUGCUUUUUAAUACGGAUCAUAUAGUCCUACACAAUCCGUAUAGGGUUAACUUUAUACACUUGCAGACUGACACGGCCAGUCAUUGUUUGACAGCUGGUCUUAUACGGAUCGUAUACGGCUAUACUAUCCGUAUUGAGACUACUUUUUUUUUCAAUUUAAAGUUUGGUGUAUUAGGUAUGGUUGUUGGUGUUUAUUGUUGGUUGUUUUUGUUUUUAUGUGUUUUAUAAUGUGUAUUAAUUUUUUUUCAUGACUUAUUGUAUGAUAUUGAAUCGCAUUUGUAUUGUAUCGUAUUAUAUCGUUUUGUGAUGCAUCGCAUCACAUCGUAUUUGUAUUUUGUAUUA